CAGUAGACUUUCAGCCAUCUAAGAGAAGACCCGUUUAUCUUUUUACACCAGGAUGGCGAAUUUCUGUGUUGCUUAUACCCUACUCGUAUCCAGUUUGAUAUUUAGCCUUCCAGAACAUGUUCUUGGUGAAUUUAGCUGCAACUUCGAACAAGGUUUGUGCAGCUACAGUCAGGACCAGGGAGAUGACUUCGAUUGGACCCGGUUCCAGGGUAGUACCGAGACCAGUGAUACUGGUCCUGAUGUGGACCACACCCAUGGAAAUACACAGGGAUACUACAUGUAUGUAGAAGCUUCUGGACGAUCAGCUGGAAGUAAAGCUCGCCUGACUAGCACUGCCGAAGACGCUGUUCAGCCGCGAUGUGCUCAGUUCUUUUACUCCAUGUACGGUGACACAAUGGGAUCCAUCAGUGUGUAUGUGAAAGAAAGCAGUUCAUCGGGUUUGGGUGAUCCAGUGUGGUCUCUCGCAGGUGAGCGUGGAAGCGGUUGGUAUAGAGGACUAGCAAGCAUACAAGAUAACGCUACUCAAGUUCAGUUGGUGUUUGAGGCAGUGAUAGGCAGCGGGAAGUAUUCAGACAUUGCAAUCGACGAUAUAACAGUGAAACAUGGACCCUGCCCCGUGAGUGAUGUUGUUAACUGUACCUUCGAGAGCAUCGAUGAAGAUGAUGACGGGAUGUGUGGAUUUGUUUUUGAUGAGACGAGCCAAUUUGACUUCAUACGGACAAAUGGGAAGACAGCUUCAUCUUAUCGCGCGCCAUCCGUCGAUCACACAACUAAAACCGAAUUAGGCUUCUUCAUGAACGUCGAAGGUUACUACAGUAACAAAAACAGAUUCGCAAGACUCCAAUCACCUCUGUUUCGAGGCAUUCAAGGAGACGACUCAGAGACAUUCUGCGUUGUAUUUUGGUAUCACAUGUUUAAAGACGAUAUUGGAGAACUGAACGUUUAUCUCCGCAACCAAUCCUCCACUUCGAUGGGCUCACCUAUCUGGUCGCUGGCCGGGAGUAGAGGAGACGUCUGGAGAGGGGCCGAAGUAGAGAUAAACACUCCAGAGGAUUUUAAUAUCAUAUUUGAAGGCAACCGGGGUGGUUCGUACUCUGGCGAUAUCGCACUCGACGAUAUCCUGAUAACGAGCUAUGGCUGUCCUGGACAUCAUAUCUUAUUGAACGAGAGUAGUGUAUCAUGUGGUUUUGAGGAAAUUGAGUUGUGCUACUAUGUCCAAGACGACACGGACACCAUAGACUGGGAAUGGCAAAACCAAGCUACAGAAGAAGACAACACUGGCCCCGCAACAGAUCACACGAGAGGGGACGAGUUAGGGUUUUAUUUGUUCGUCUCCAGCGGACUCCUUGUAGACUCUGACGACGUCGCUCGCAUCAUGUCGCCAAUUGCAACGGCAUCAACCUCUAAAUCGUCGUGUGUGGAGUUUUGGUACCAUAUGUGGGGAAGGGCUGUCGAAACCCUCAAUGUCUACAUCAAACGUGAAUCUUUGGCUUUGCCUUCGACACCGGUGACAAAAGUAACAGGUGACCAAGGAAACUACUGGCAUCGAAGAACAUUCACUGUGCCAGCAGGGUCGGGAAAUUACAGGGUAGUAUUUGAGGGUAUUCCAGGGGAAGAAGUACGUGAUGACAUCGCAAUAGAUGACGUCAUGCUCUACCAGGAUCAGGAUUGCCCUGAAUUUGUUACUGAAGCUCCUACGCCUACCACUAUGCCUCCACCGAGAGACAACAUCGAUUGCGAUUUCGAGGAGGAUUUCUGCGAUUACACGCAAGAGAUCGACGCUGAUUAUGGAGACUGGAUAAGACGCAAAGGAAAAGAUACUACCAGCACUUUUAGCAAUACUGGACCGAAACUGGAUCACACCCUCGGCACUGGCGAGGGCUACGUCGCGAGCUUUGAUCCGUACGAAUUAAAGGGAGUCAAAUUGGGUGACCAGGCUGCAAUGAAAUCCCCCGUCAUAUCGCCGAAGACAUAUAGCCGUUGCUUGGUCUUCUACGCCUACUUGUAUGGCUAUGGAGUAGACUAUUUCACCCUUCAGAUUGUUGAGUGGGGAGGUAGAUUUUCCAUGGACCCACCCUUUGCGAUAUAUGGUGCUCAAGGGGAGAAGUGGCUCGAGCUACAGAUGGAUGUCCCCUCAUCCAACCUGCCCUUCCAGAUCGUAUUCGUUGCUACAGUUGGCACGUCAAAAUACGCUUCUGAAAUAGCCAUGGAUGACGUAACCCUCAGGAACGGAAAAUGUCAAUCACAAGGAUCCACGGAAGCUCCGACAGACUGGGCUGCCAAUUGUGAUUUCGAAUCGCCUACCGACCCGCUCUGCGGUUACACCAACUACAACUACAACAAGUUCGAUUGGAUUGUGCACAGUGGUAGCACCAGCACCAGCAAUACUGGCCCUUCGGAGGAUCACACGACGGGAACUGCAGCAGGACAUUAUGCUUACGUCGAGUCGUCCAUUCCCCAUCGACCCAAUUAUCGUACCACGCUGGUGUCUCCUAUCAUUAAUAGCAGGAACCAGGAUCUCUGUGCCCGUUUCUACUACCACGCACACGGCAAAGACGUAGGAUCGCUCUCCGUAGAUGUUGACAUUGAAGACUUCUACAGUGACAUCACUCCGUUUUCUUUCUCAGGCGAGCAGGGGGACAGAUGGCUUCCUGCUAAUGUUGAUAUACCAGCUAGCUUCACUGGAAUCUACAAUUUCAGACUUGAAUUCUCCACUAAGAAAAUCACCUCCGGUUUUGAAGGUGACAUCGCCAUUGAUGACAUCAUGUUCUUAAAACAACCAUGCGAUGGGUAUCCAUCUGAAAGCACGUGUAACUUUGAGCAAGGCCUGAUUGGGUGUGACUACAGUACGGAUAAUGCCGCCCAAUAUCGAUGGCAGUGGUAUGAUCUCCUAGCCAUCGAAGAACCGCCUCUUAACACGAUUCCUACGUCUUACUUGUACGCCAAGGCUUCGAGUGCAAGUGCUGGUCAGACUGCCGUACUCUCUUCCGCAAUCUAUGAUCUCAACGGUCGGACCCAUUGCUUAACAGUCGAUACUGUCCUGACUGCUGACAGCGCACAGCAGCUACUGAUUCAAGCACAAGAUACAAAUACAGAGAGGAGAAUAGAUAUCGGUCGCUUAUCGGGAGACAUCAGUGGUUCUUGGAUAACCGGCAACUGGACGGUUCCCGGCGACCUCACCGAUUUCCCGUUUCAGUUCAUCUUCACGGCGGUAUAUGGUUCCACUACACGAGGAGUGAUAGCAAUCGACAAUGUCGUAUUUUCAAAGCAUCUGGAUGCAUGCGAGAAAUAUGUACCUCUUCCAACAAAAGAACCUAUAAGGACAAGUGCUCGCCCGGUAUCGGCCUCCUCCUCCUCAUCAGCAUCUUUAGUACCGACCAUGACAACCAACAGCGUCGCAAGUCGUCAACCAAUAAAAGACAACGGUUCUAAUGUCGGCAUGAUCGUCGGAAUCAUCAUCGCUUUCAUCAUUGUCGCAGCAGCCGUUAUCGGUGUUGUACUGUACUUCAAAUACCGAAGCUCGAUGGGUUUGGGUUCUUUAACGAUCGGAUAUAAGAACGAGAAAAUGGAUGCGAUGCCAUUCUCUGGGGUAACCCCGGGUAACGGUGGUGGAGGCAAUAUGGAUCCACAGGUCGUAAUUGGUGGGGCUAAUUUAGGGUCAGAUGCAUAAUAACCCAUGAUAUUGGUUUAGGCAAAAACAGUUUACUAUAACUUAAUAUAGAAAUUUUUGAAAAUACGAUUUCUUAACACAUCUCCUUCCAGUGUGUUAACAUAAAAAACAUAAUGAAUAGUAAUCAUGUUUACAGUUUAUUGGCAUGAUUAUCAAAUUCAAGUCCUGUCCCUCCACCUUUGUUACAUCAGACGAUUAACCUAAAUAUAAUCGUGUCAAAAGUAAAAGAUUAAAGUGUAUUUAUCUCUUCGUAUUUACACCUUCAUAAUAAUAAUGAUAAUAAUGUCAUAUAUACUUCCAUUCUGAAAGCUGUUCUACCAGCGCGCUGGUAGAACUGCAGCGGUCCCUGAUUAACAUGAUGUUAUUAUGCCUUUCUCUAAUUCCUACAUAUAAAAUACAAACGCGGGAAAAAAAAAGUUCAUCUUAUCAAUAUUACUAUCUUCAAACCACAUUUGAUCAUAAUUAAAUUUAGAAACGUACGAAUUUCAUGAAAGGGAAACACAAAAUUCUGCAUAACACGGGGGUCGAAAGAGAGAAUGAGGGUACGGUAGGGGUCGGUAUGUGUGUGAGGGUGUGUGUGGGGGGGUGUGUGUACUGUGUGUGAGUGUGUCUGAUUUCAAGUGCUUGCAUGUAGGAGUGGGUCUGUUAUAAAUACAGUUUAUUGUCUAUAAAUAAUUUUGUCCCUCAUUAACUCAGCUAUUAUAAAGUUGUAUAUAAGAAAAUAAGAAAUGAAAAAUCGUAUAUACUUUUUUCCGUUCGCCAUAAAUAAAGUUUAUUCUCAUUUUUUAUUCAUCAUGUUCAUGAUAUUGGGAAUUCAUUUGUACGGGUGUAAUCUUGUUUAGUGCGUAGAAAUAGUUUUGGUAUUGAUAAAAUGUUACAAAUCAUUCCCUUUCACAGCAAUCAAAUCAUUUGAAAAUUAAUAACCGUAAAUAUCUAACAAUAAUGAAAGCAUGCCAUUUUAUAUAUUUGUCAAAAGAAGCGAGAAAGGGCCGAUGAAAUGUGAUCUUUGUUCAUAGUAAUGUGAUUGCAAUACGUAACUGAGUCGUUUGUACUCAUAAUGCUACUCAAUUGUAUUCUUGUUUUUGAAAUAAAUGAAAAAUUAAGGAAAUUAAUAAAAUGAAACUCA